GAGGAGAAGACGAGCAUCCUGAGUUGUCACCAAGCGAAGCGAGACGAUCGACACCGGCAGGCCGAUGGACAUGGCGUCGGUGCAGUUGCUGCCGGACGACGUGCUGGCGGAUAUCCUCCGCCGCCUCGGACCGCACGACCUCGCCGUCUCCCGCUGCGUCUGCAAGCCGUGGUGCGCCGUCAUCGAUGCUCGCCGCAUGCUACCCGCAGAUGCACACCUCCUCCCUCUCUCGUUGGCCGGCUUCUUCACUGUCUCCUGGACGGAAUCGCUCACCGCCUACUUCUCACGCCCAUGCGCCUCGAUCGUCGUCGGCAAGUUAGACUACCUGGACACCGAUGACGCCCGCUCUUUAUCGGUUGCAGAUCAAUGCAACGGCCUCGUCCUGCUUCACAGGCCAACGCUCUGGCCUGACGACCAGCGGGUGCUUAAUCCGGUCACGCGACAGUGGGCCAAGUUACCACCAUACCCACACCUGGUCUCGCCUUGCAUGAAGCAGGACUCCUACCAACGAGAGGACAUGUAUCUCGUGUUUGAUCCUUCGGUGUCGCCACAUUACGAGGUUUUCUUAUUCCACUCUGUUCCCUACAAUUGUUACGAGGUUGACGUGGUUGACGAGGAUGCAUUUGACCCAGCAGUAAAGAAAAUGGAAUGGCCACCAUCGUCCUACACUUUGCGGGUCUAUUCAUCAAAGACACGACAGUGGGAGACGAAGCCUUUUAUCCGAGAAGGGGAGGCCGCAGGCACAAUUGGCGACAUGGAAUCAGCUCUAUCACCCGGGCACUGCCAUGCGGCCUACUGGCAGAGGGCUCUGUAUGUCCACCAACAUGAUUUUGUGAUCAGAAUGACCUUAUCAAAUGAGAAGUACAAAGUGAUUAAGCUGCCAUUAGGUCUUGAUGUGCGAACCGAUGACGAACCAGAACAUUACCUAGGAAAGUCAGAAAAAGGGGUGUACUGUGCAUUACUCUACGGCAACAAUCGUCUUGGCGUUCGGAUUUGGUUCCUUGACGAAAUAUGUGGCAAGAUGGACUGGCUCCUGAAACGUGAUAUAAACCUUGGAAAUCUACUAGCAAAUUAUCCUUGGAAACACGGUGACAGGUCUUGGACUACGCAAUAUGUUAAUGAUGAAAUUGGCAGGAGCAUGACACCGGCAGGAGCAAAAUUUGAAUCAGACUACUCUACCAAUGAUAAUGUCAUCGUCCCCGAAUAUACCGUUUCUUUACUUGGAUUUCAUCCUUAUAGAGAGAUCAUCUUCUUCCGUACAUCCUUCGGAAGAGCAAUGGCUUAUCAAUUCAAUAGCUCAGAGAUUGUAGACACGGGUUACUUGCAAGGAAAGGGCCCUCAUGAUUGCGUAGGUGGAUCCUUUGCAUACACCCCGUGUCGGAUGGGGAAGCUGUCAAACAACAUGUAAUUUAGAAAUACUAGUAGAAUGCAUGUGCGUUGCAACGGGUCUUUUAGUUUUUUUUCCAACUGCACCUAUAUCAAUACAAUGCAUAUCAAAUUUGGCAAGU